GCUUCGUCCGCCUGGAUCAUCCUCAGUAGCGUCGAUUUCAUUGUCGACAGUGAUAAUCCCUAUUCAACUUUCCUACGUAGCUCCCGGCAUUCCGUCUCAUACCUGUCUCGUCGCUCGACCGACUCCGGUGCACAGGUCGACAACAUGUCAAACAUCCCACUGAUAGGUCGACUCCACCUCCAGGAGUACCUGGCGCUGGCCGCCUCGUUCACCUUGGUCAUCUUUGAAUUCAUCGCGCGCUCCAUCACCAUCUUUCUGCCCUCGCCGGUGAUCAAUUUCCUGUACCGCCUUUCGCGCAGAUGCUUCAAUGGCCUCUCCUCACCAUACUCGCGUCGAGCACGCAACCGUAAAAAGGCUGUGUCGAGUCAGAUUGCACACGCAGAGGGCUUCGUGGAGCUGUGCGCACUUUAUGGCUACACCGCAGAAGAGCACGUAGUGCAAACCACGGAUGGAUACCUCCUCGGCGUGCAUCGAUUGGCAAAGCGGAAAGGCGAGGAGGAUCAGCUGGUCAACGCAGGACCCGGGACUUUGCAGAAGAAGGUGGUCUACUUACAUCACGGUCUGCUCAUGAACAGCGAUGUCUGGGUAUGCAUCACCGAGCAUGAGCGCUGUCUGCCGUUCGCUCUGGUCGAUCAAGGCUAUGAUGUCUGGUUGGGCAACAACCGCGGCAACAAGUACAGCAAAAAGAACAUGAGACACACGCCCACGGAUACAGCAUUUUGGAGCUUCAGCAUUGAUCAAUUCGCCCUUCACGACAUCCCGGACACCAUCAACUAUGUCCUCGACACCACGUCUCAGCCGAGCCUUUCAUACGUCGGAUUCAGUCAGGGCACAGCACAGGCAUUCGCAGCGCUCUCCGUCUACCCACAGCUGAACACAAAGGUGGAUGUCUUCAUCGCCCUCGCGCCUGCUAUGGCUCCUCCGGGUGUUGCUUCCGGCAUCGUAAGCUCCUUCACUAAGGCAAGUCCGGAGGUGCUCUACCUCAUCUUUGGUCGUCGUGCAAUCUUGGGCAGCGCACCGAUGUGGCAAGCGCUGCUUUAUCCCGCCAUUUUCACCUGGUUCGUGGACAAGGGUUUGGUCUGGCUUUUCAACUGGAGAUCAUUGAACAUCACACCACAUCAGAAAUUGGCCGCCUACCCACACCUGUACUCCUUCACGAGCACGAAGAGUGUGGUCCACUGGUUUCAGAUUAUUCGCAAUGGGACGUUCCAGAUGUAUGACGAUGAAGUGGCCAGCCCGACCAGCUUCAGCACACACAAGCAACACUACAAGGUGGCCAAAUACCCCACCCGAAACAUCAGGACCCCGAUCGUUCUCUUGUAUGGCGGAAGCGAUAGCCUAGUGGAUAUCAACGUCAUGCUACGAGAGUUGCCCAAGCAUACUGUUGCGAAAUGCGUUCCGAAAUACGAACAUCUCGACUUCCUCUGGGCCAACGACGUCCAUAAGCUUGUGCUGCCGAACGUUCUCGAGGCUCUCUCGGACUACAGUGUCCCAUCCGGCACGAAGAGGGACGAUGCUUCCCGCUCGCGGAUGUUGCUCUUGAACGAUGCAACUUCGUCACCCGGCCGAUCGCAGCCACCCGAGUACAACACCGACGGCGACUCGACCGCAGCGGAACAAAUGGACGAGACCGACAACGACGACGAAGAAUAUGUGCAGGAGACCCCAGCCCACGAGAUUGGCGACGUUGCGGCCCGAGGGCUGGUGGUCGGGGACGAAUUCGGCAAUGUCCUCGACACCCGCCUUGGAGAGGCAUCACCUGUUCCAAUAACGACACAACGUGCGGUUCCGAUCGUGUCGCGAUCAGAGAAGCCGAGUGACCAGGUCCUGUUGCGCCCUGCUGUCGAUGGCAUGAUACCUGCUAUUGUAUAUCACCUUAGCUCAUGA